CUGGCCAUGAGCACUCUCAAGGCCCUCUCUGGUUCAUUAAUAGUGACUACAUCUCACCAGAGGGUGCUUUGAACGUGUUAACGAAAUAAUGUAUUGAGUGGCUAUACUAUAAAGGCUAUACCCAGGAUUAUUCUGAAAUCCCAGAAUCCCUCCUGAAUCCAUGCUUGAAUCCGAAUCGAGUAUGUCGUGAUUACAACUGUUUACCAAACGAAAAUGUAAAAUUUCAUUUGGACUGUUAUUAAAUGUUAACAUACUCAUCUGUGUUCGUUACCUGUUACACGAGUGCAUUCAUUUAUGUGUAAAUACAGGAAUCUCCUUUUUACUAAUAAUAUAACGUACAAAGAACUCGAGCAAAAUGACAAAACACUUGGAACACAUAUACGACGUUUUACAAAAUGCAAACAGCAAAAAAGUAACAGACAGAAGGAACUGCGUUGGGAGUCUAUUACACCUUUACGAGAACAAAGAAAUCAUCGCAGAGAUCUGCGAAAGUUCGAAGCAUAAUACAAACAUUGUAACUUGGUCAUACAUAAUCCAUACAAUUCAUAAAUUGCUAAUUAGCGAAGCUGAUCGACUAGCUUCCAAGGAGAUCAGCAAUAAAUCAGAAGUGGAACGGAACAUAUGCCUGCUAGUAGAAAACACGUUUCGGCAUGCAGACUUUAAUAAAAAAUCAUUGCUGAAGUGCAACGACGUGAUGCCAUUAAUAUUACAAGUUAUAAGCAGAACUACGUACAAACCCUAUUACGAUACGUACUUGAAGGUAUUAAUUUCUUAUGUACUACCGCUUAGAAUACAUCAGGUAAACAUGUUACCUGAAUUUUGGGAGGAGUUACUUGAUGUACUAUGCAAAUUGUACAAACACGUGUCCUCUGUCAUAAGUAAGAGAGCUGUUUUGGAUGCUUUACACAUGAGUGUUCAAUAUGGUUGUUUGCAUUCAAACGUAAACUUAAACGUAUCAGAUAUAUUGUCUUUCAUAGAAUCUACUUUGCCUAGUGUAGUAAAGGCUCAAGAAGUUUUGGCGGAUUCAUUUUAUAAACUUACAAAUACAGUGUGCCGGCACAUUGCUGCGGAAUAUAGAAUUGUAUUAUGCCACUUCAGCGAGACUGUUUCAUCAAGAUUGAGCUCGUUGAAAGGACCCAUUGAGAAGUACGAAGUUUUAUUACUGUUCGUACGAAUUCAUCAUCCCGAGGGAGUGAGCAAAGGUGAUGAUCGUGCUUACGCCAAUGAUUGGACACAGUGGUAUGCGGAGCUUAGGAAUAUGUACGUGAACAUUUUGAAGGAUUUUAAAGCAGGCGAGCUACCGAGAACCUUCGUUCGUUAUGCUGCUGAAGAUUGCAGAAAAAUAAAAAUUGGUGAAAAAUCGGAAGAAGAAACAUGGAGAUCUUUAAACGUGAAUCAAAAUGAAACAUCAACGCAUACGCUCACGCAGCUGUUCAUAAUAAAUAACAAAAUAACCAACCCGAACGUGGUUUUAAAAUUGUAUCUUACGAACGUGAUCAAAUGGUCCGUUAUGAGCGUCCGUACGUUGAUAGUACUUUGUGAACAUUUCCCAUUGCCGGCUGACAUUUCCGUAUGCAGCAUAAACGAAUAUUCGCCAACGAUGGAUGCGAACUCCGUCAGGUCGUCUCUUAUAAAAUGGUUAUUGAACAUUCCUUGGCAGAGGACAGUGACAGAAAUCAUAAUCGACGAGCUCUGCCUAUCGCUCAUCAGUAUGACAUUAAAAACGAAACACGAGAAUCGAAUACGAUUUAAGGAAUACAACGUGAACGAUCAAUGCGACUGUUUAGAAGAUGAGAACUCUGAAUCAUUUUAUGAGCACAUCGAACAGUGCUAUCUGCUAUUAACGUAUAAAAAGAAUUUGUUCACCGACGACGCGAAAAGGAGCGAAAAGCUAAAAGCAAAAGUUAAUGAACACGUACUGUACAUGCAAGAAAUUCUAACAUUCAUGACGAACAGCUUGUACAGUAUGAUCAAUGAAACUGUAAGAGGUGAUCUUGAUGUGAUUAUAAUUAAAGUAGCAAUUGUGGCGAAAGCUGUAUCGAUGAUGAAGGAAUUAAACAUGAUAUCGAAAAAUAUCGAAGAGUUGCAACUCGUGCAGGGAUUGAAAAAGUACAUGGCCAACGUUAAUACUUUACUGGAACGUCUGAACCCGUCGAAAGAGAAUUAUUCCUAUUUGUACAGAGUAACGAAAGCGCUUUGUUCGCUGUACGAGACAUCGUACGACGUUCAGGUAGCAGAGAUAAUCGUUUCGUCCGCGACGUUGAACAUGUUAAAAAAUAUAUUCAAUUUAAUGAACAUCGCGGAUGAUGAGAUCGCCAAAUACGAGAUUAGCAAGAAUUACAUCAAUCAACAGAGGAGGCGCAAGUGUUUAAACAGAGAGGACGUAGAAGAGGAAUGCUGCAAGUAUUGCGACAAAGGUACCAUUAGAAUACAGGCAACGAAGGCGUUGGCACUGUUUUGCUGUAUAACCGUGGAGCAAGAAAGCUCGCAUGAAAUUCAGAUAAAACUGAUGAACAAUUUCCUAAACAUAAAUAUGUACGAUCUGUCUCACACGGUUAAUUUUAAAAUGGCUGUAAUGGUUUUGAAGUCGUUAUCCAUGUACGGGGAAGGAAGAUUGUGGGAAAAUCACAGGUACUCGCCAUUGGAAAAUCUGUUGACAUUGCAUCGCACGUGUUACAAGGAUGAAACCAGCAUGCGUUACAUAUUCAGCGUUUUCCCGUACUUCUUUAAGUACUCUCUAGAGCACGACUCUUGUAAGAUAAACGAUUUAAUGAAAAUUAUCGUUGAAUUUAAUAAGCUUCGGUCUGAGAAGAAGAGAUAUGGUUUCGUCGCUCAAAUAGAGUAUGUUAAGUGCCUUUCAGAAAUUAUUCGCAUCAGUCCAUCUCAUUUACAUUACAGUACGAACGAAGCCUUGGACGAAAUGUCGGUAUUAGAAGGUCUCUUGUCGUCUCUUACCAGUUCUUCGUUUAUGGUGAGAAAAGAGGCAAUCAAAUGGAUACAGAGUAUAUAUUCUUCGAAAAGUAUUGCGUUUUUAUGGAAGGAAGCGUUGUUUGCGAGAAUAGAAGCCUUAGCGCGUGCGAUAGCGAUUGACGAGAAGACAAACGUUCGAAUAAAUGCAGACAAGAAAGAAAUUACAACGGCGAGUACUUUGUUGACGCUCGGUGCGAUUGCCUCUACCAGCGGAGCGUUCCAGAGCCAGGCUUUGUCAUUGAUGUUACAGUUCAUCAUUGACAAUGAGAUAGACUGCGAGAAAAUGCUAAAAACGAUAAAUAUCGCUACAGAUCGGGUCAACUGCUCGAAUCUCAUCGAAAAGAAUCUCAGCUUCUUGUUGACUUAUUGGUAUAAUUCAGAGUACUCGUCGCGAUCGUUUCCUUGGAAGUUAAUGCGUUGCGAAUCCGAAACACAAUUCUACCAAACGUGCAGUAAUACCUUAGCGUUUAUCAAGUUCAAACGGUUGGAUUUGCCCGAGGUCGCUUCUGUUUGCAAUCGCGCGAAUUUGCCGUUCGAACAAGUGAUCGAAAAUAUCUUCCCGGAAGUCCUCGCGUGGCUGUUAUAUUGUGUCGAUGGGAACGAGAGGACUAUUUCGAAACAAUCUGCGUACGAGGUGUUUCAUAAAUUUCAAUCGAACGAAGAUGAAUUCUGCCGGAUGAGAGAAUUUUCUAGCUUGCUUAACGGGAACUUCGCGAAGAUUCUGGUGUAUCUUGUUGGGAGAUUGCACGACGAGGAUCAUCUCGAGGAAACGCUAGGGAUAAGAAUGUCAUUGGCGUUAUCGGAUCCUCCUCACUUUAAGAAACCGGCGAUAGACAAUUGUUUGAAAUUAAUCGUCAGCAAUUAUUUUCAAGACGGCGUCACGCUGUUGGAAUAUCUCCUACGUUGCAAUGGUUCGAGGAUAUUGCAGAGGGUGUUGUCAGACCUGAACGAGAGGAUUCAUAAACAAGGAUUCGAAGAGCAUAGGAUAAAAGCUUUCCAUCAGUACGCGUAUUUUUGUACAUUGGUCAUCGACGAAUUGCCGCGAGAAUAUUUUGACGCGAUGUCUACAUACGUGAUAAAAGAUAUCGGUUACAGUUUACUUCACGUUAUUAAAAUAUACGACGACGUUCGACGAUUGGCCUGCAGAUACUUUUACGACUUCGUUAAACGAAUGUUCCCGGUGCGAAGCGAGCAGGUGAAACAAAUUUUGAAGUUCACCGUCGCAGUUCUGGUGCCUAUCGUUCAAACGGAAGAAACUUCCGUUGCUUUGGAUAUACUCAACUUCUUGAUAGUUGAUCAGAAAGCGUUGCUUUCCGACGUGAUACAGAAUUUAAACGUAUUUCCUAAUAUCCCGGUUUUCCAACGGAUACGAGAGAUUCAUAAUAAUUUGAAGCACCAGACGAAGAGAGUUCACACUUUGGAGGAAGAGAUACAAUAUUUUCUGAAUACCAUGAUUGAUAAAAAUAUGGAUUGCAGCAUGGAAGAUAUAUCUCAUUUGCUGAUGCAGCUAUCGACGAGGAAAGAAGAAUUGCGGAGAUUGUACGACGCGCUUGAAAAGUUUCGCGGCUUUUCCGAAGAUUGUGCCACAAGUUUGCUACACCAGCUGGUCUACAAACUUAUAAAACUGACAGGAUCCGCAGAAAUGGAUGUUUCUAUUGAGGCAGCGAGAUGUUUGGGCGAGUUAGGCCCGACAGAUUUAAUGUCAAUGAUUCUGUAUCUCGAAAAGGGCCACAUUAAGGAAUCGUCCGACUUGAUUGAAAUAUUGUCGUACAAGAUAAUAAUAAUGAUGGUGAAAUUUUUAUUCGAAAGCGACAUUGAGCUUCGGAGGAUCAGCGCCGGUGUAUUAAACGUCGUACUCUCGUCGUUUUGGGGUCGACAAUUGCUGAACGCAACAUAUAUGAACAGUUUAAAAUCCGUUUUAGGCGAAUCACAGGUUCCACCUCUAGAAACGAGUAACAUUCAACCAUUUAUACUUGCCAAUGAUAAAUGUUUAAAAGAGAGUAACAUCGGUAUAAAUGAGACUAACCUUAAUGAGAUUCUUGACCAAGAUAAUACUAUUUGGACGAUUCAAUCUGAAGACUCGUACUCUGAUUGGAUCGUCCAGGCAACGUGUAAAGUCGCGGUGUGCUUUACACGAUUCUAUUCCGAAUAUCUGAUCCCCGUAUGCCGUUUGAGUACCGAUUUCUGUGAAAUGAUUUUACCGAGGAUCGUGUAUUUAAUCAUUCAUACGGAUGAGAAUUCGACGAGCGCCAUAUGGAAAUGCAUCGAUAGAUUCUUCGAGCAUCAUUUCAAUUUCAACACAGAAACGAACGUCCCCUCCCAUAAAUCAACGAACUGCGAUCACCGCAUCGUGCGGUGCAUGUUGAACAUAGUAAAUUACAUCAGAAUGCAGAUACCGAGCAAUCAUUUGAAGCUGAAUUACAUACACAUAGCGAAGGCUGCUCAUUAUUGCUCCGCAUAUUUCACAGCGAUAUUGUACGCGGAGAUGUCUUGCGAAGCCAUCUUAAACGACGACGACAGGUCGACCAGCGUUUCGAAGAUUGAUCGCGUUUACCAAUUGUCGCCUCGUCAAGGAAAAGUGAUACAAGGCAUACUACGAGAUUCGUAUGCGAAAUUAGGCGACCUCGAUGCCAUCAGUGGCACCGGUUCCUCGCACUUGCAGCAUUACUCUACUCGUAUUCAACACUACGUCCAUACCAACCAAUGGGACAGAGUAAUGCUUGCCAAUGACGUUGAACUUUCAUGUUUGGGCGAGUUAGGCCCGACAGAUUUAAUGUCAAUGAUUCUGUAUCUCGAAAAGGGCCACAUUAAGGAAUCGUCCGACUUGAUUGAAAUAUUGUCGUACAAGAUAAUAAUAAUGAUGGUGAAAUUUUUAUUCGAAAGCGACAUUGAGCUUCGGAGGAUCAGCGCCGGUGUAUUAAACGUCGUACUCUCGUCGUUUUGGGGUCGACAAUUGCUGAACGCAACAUAUAUGAACAGUUUAAAAUCCGUUUUAGGCGAAUCACAGGUUCCACCUCUAGAAACGAGUAACAUUCAACCAUUUAUACUUGCCAAUGAUAAAUGUUUAAAAGAGAGUAACAUCGGUAUAAAUGAGACUAACCUUAAUGAGAUUCUUGACCAAGAUAAUACUAUUUGGACGAUUCAAUCUGAAGACUCGUACUCUGAUUGGAUCGUCCAGGCAACGUGUAAAGUCGCGGUGUGCUUUACACGAUUCUAUUCCGAAUAUCUGAUCCCCGUAUGCCGUUUGAGUACCGAUUUCUGUGAAAUGAUUUUACCGAGGAUCGUGUAUUUAAUCAUUCAUACGGAUGAGAAUUCGACGAGCGCCAUAUGGAAAUGCAUCGAUAGAUUCUUCGAGCAUCAUUUCAAUUUCAACACAGAAACGAACGUCCCCUCCCAUAAAUCAACGAACUGCGAUCACCGCAUCGUGCGGUGCAUGUUGAACAUAGUAAAUUACAUCAGAAUGCAGAUACCGAGCAAUCAUUUGAAGCUGAAUUACAUACACAUAGCGAAGGCUGCUCAUUAUUGCUCCGCAUAUUUCACAGCGAUAUUGUACGCGGAGAUGUCUUGCGAAGCCAUCUUAAACGACGACGACAGGUCGACCAGCGUUUCGAAGAUUGAUCGCGUUUACCAAUUGUCGCCUCGUCAAGGAAAAGUGAUACAAGGCAUACUACGAGAUUCGUAUGCGAAAUUAGGCGACCUCGAUGCCAUCAGUGGCACCGGUUCCUCGCACUUGCAGCAUUACUCUACUCGUAUUCAACACUACGUCCAUACCAACCAAUGGGACAGAGUAAUGCUUGCCAAUGACGUUGAACUUUCGUUUGGGAAUACGAGUAUGAUCAGAGAAAUGGCGAACGGAUUACACCAGUCUGGUCUUCAAUACCUGCUCGGUAAUUUUAUAUCCAUGUCGUCGAAGACUGGUGAAAAAAUAGACGAAGAUAUUUUGUACGAGUCUGCUUGGCGCCUGGGCAACUGGGACGCCCUUGACGGCAACCAGUUCCUCUACUCGCAAAAUAAUUUCGGUUCGAAGUUGGAUAUAACCGAACGCGAUUAUCAUUUUUACCAUUAUCACGCUUUGAAAUGUUUCCACGAGGGUAACGAAGGAGGUGUAGCGGACGCGAUACGAAACGCACGCGCAAGCGUAAUCAAAGCGCUUAGAAAUACUAGUUUAGAAAGCAACAAAACUAUAUACAAGAAAUUAACACAAUUACAAUUGAUUCGUGAGAUUGAAGAUCUCAAAUUUGUCAAGGAAAAUGAUUAUGGAAAGGUGUUGGACAAAUGGCAGCAACAGAACAUCGCAAAUUUCAAUGAUUUUCGGUAUAUGGAACCUAUUUUAACUCAGAGAACCGUCAUGUUUCAAAUAAAUGACACGUUGGCGAACAAUUCAAACAUUAAACAUGCAUUAUUCAAUACAUAUCUUCAGCUAUCGAAAAUAGCAGCAGAUAAAGACAAUUUGCAAAUCGCUACUCGUUCCCUAGUUGUUCUAGCAAAGCAGAGUGAUUUAUCUUCAAAAAUCCAAGAUCGACUACUUUAUCAAGAAGCUCUGUUAGCGCGGCACAGAAACGAUUUGGAUGUUGGACGAUGUCUGUUACUUAAUUUAAUAAAUAAAAAUACAUUGGAUGGAAACCUACGAGCGCAGAUAUUAAGAGUCUACGGAGACUGGAUGGCCGAAACAAAAUCGGAAAACCCUCAGACUGUGAUAGAAGAGUAUUAUUUGAGAUCUAUAAAUUUAAGUAUGUCGAUCAAUGAACAGAGCAACGACCAUGAGAUUGUUAAGAAUUUACACGAUACUCAAGUAGCCCUUGCUCGUUUCGCUGAUACCCAGUUCGAACAGAUUAGCUCGUACAUGAAAUCGCCUCAGUUCGAAAUCCUAAAGGAAUGCGUUACGUAUUCCUAUAAAACAAUUGACGAACAAUCAGUUCCUGAGGACAGAGACGUUCGACAGGCCAUGUUUUUGAGUCGCAGACAAAAUACAAACGACGCUGAGGAAUUGGAACACAUACAGAAAGAGAGAAAUAAUUAUUUAAUUUUAGCUUUAAAGUACUACUUGAGAACGUUGCAACAAAGCGAGAGUUAUAAUUUAUUAGUAUUCAGGGUAAUAGCUCUCUGGUUGGACAAUGUACACCACAAGGAAGUUAACGAUUUAUUAGAAGAGAACCUGAACUUUAUACCCUCUUUUAAGUUUAUCCCGUUAGUACCGCAACUGGCAGCCCAUAUAACCGAAGAUCUUGAUCAAUUCCACGCAAAGAUAUACAAUAUUAUGCGACGGUGCGCCCUAGAGCAUCCGCACCAUACGUUGCCAGUAUUGCUGGCAUUGAAAAAUUUGUAUGGGGAUUGCGAUAAUAGUUCAAUUAGAAAAGGGAAAACUCCAGAACCGAGAGUUCUCGGUGCUCGAAAAUUGUUAAAAGAAUUAGGAAAGUUUAAUAUACGGAAAAUUAUAUUCGAAAUGGAACGACUAUCACGAGCUUUAGUGACGUUGGCUAAUCUUCCUGCUACUUCGGCCAAGGCGGGCGUUAUUGUUAAAAUUCCCAAGAACCAAGAAAUAUUGAAGAUAAAACAGUUCGAAAGUAUUUACGUGCCGACGUUAAGGAUCAAUGUGAACCCUUCGCAACAUUACAAUUCCGUCGUCGGUGUCGCUAAAUAUGCGGAGACGUAUGAAACCGUCGGAGGCAUAAAUACUCCGAAGAAAUUGGUUUGCAUCGGUACAGACGGAAUAAGUAGAUAUCAGUUAAUAAAGGGUAAGGAUGACUUACGGCAAGACGCCGUGAUGCAACAAGUUUUCACCGUGAUGAACACGUUGUUACGAUCACACGAAGAAACUAAACGCAGGAAACUGGCAAUUAGGACGUACAAGGUCGUACCCUUAACGCAGAGAUCAGGUAUAGUGGAAUGGUGCGACAAUACUUUACCCAUUGCAGCUGUAUUAGUCGGGACGGAUAGUCUUCCCGGAUUGCAUAAGAAGUACUACCCGAGAGAUUACACAGCAAGACAGUGCAAAGAGAAAUUAGCAGCAGCAACGAAAUACACGCCCAGUAGAAAAUUGAAAGUGUAUAUGGAUUGUUGUGAACAUAUGCAUCCCGUGAUGCAUCACUUUUUUACUGAAAAAUAUCCUUCGCCUGAGACGUGGUUUGAACGACGAUUGGCGUACACUCGCAGUAUAGCGACAACGUCAAUGGCAGGAUACGUACUGGGAUUAGGAGACAGGCAUCUGAACAAUAUCUUAAUCGAUCAAACAACAGCAGAAGUUAUCCACAUUGAUUUUGGUAUAGCAUUUGAACAAGGGAAGGUACUACCGAUGCCUGAAACUAUCCCCUUUCGACUCACACGGAAUAUUGAAGCAGGGAUGGGUGUAUCUGGCGUCGAGGGUACAAUGAGGCAUUGUAGCGAGAAGACUUUAACGGUGUUACGUGACCAAAAACAAAUAAUUAUAACGUUACUCCAAGUACUCUUGUACGAUCCGUUAUUUAAAUGGACAAUAACACCAGCCAAGGCUCACGAUAUUCAAAGCGAAAGGUCGUCGAGAUCAGUCGAAAAUAAUCAAUAUUCUACAGAGACCAACAAAUCAGCCGAAAGAGCUCUUCUACGGAUAGAACAGAAAUUACAGGGAACAGAAGAAGGAUUGGUAACCAGUGUGUCUGGCCAAGUGGAGAGGCUUAUACAAGAAGCUCGUGAUCCUAUGAAUCUUUGCCGUGUAUUUUGUGGAUGGCAGCCAUAUCUAUAACAGUAUUACUUGUUUACAGAAAUUCUAAAAAUGUGAUAUGUAGUUUAAGAGUUAAAUGUUUAUUUUAUAUACGUUCAUACGUAUAAUUAUACUAUUAUUAUAAUUAUACGUAUAAUUAAUCUGGAAUAUUGUUCAGCUUUUAGUUUCUUGUUUGUUAACAUUUUAUACGAAUUUUAUGAUACAAGUAAUUUUUUAACACGUUGACUGCCGUGACCGGCGACACGAUUAAUAGUAAAAUACAUAAUUAGAGUAAAUAUCGAUACUGAUAAAUUUUAAAAUAAUACGACUGUUACUACAAUAGUUUGAA